AUGAAAUAUAAAGUCAUGUUGAUUACUUUCAUGAUUGUAUUAUGGUUUCAUUUGGUUACUAUUAUAAAUUGUUUUCAACGUAAAUAUGAUAAACAUACAGUUGCAAGUAUACCAGGUGAUAUAAUGCUUGGUGGAUUGUUUCCUGUACAUACAUCUGGUGUAACUACUUGUGAAUCAAUUAAUCCUGAAAGAGGAAUUCAACGAGUUGAAGCAAUGUUAUUUACAUUAGAUGAAAUUAAUAAUAAUACAAAUUUAUUACCAGGUUUAACUUUGGGUACUACAAUACGUGACACAUGUUCAGAUACAAAUCAUGCACUUGAACAAGCAUUGAAAUUUGUACAAGCAAGUACUGGAAGUAGUAGUCAAUUGAACAAAAUGAAUGAACAAUCAGAAAAUUUAAACACACGUGGAGUUGUCGGUAGUUCAUAUAGUUCAGUAACAAUACUUGUAGCAAAUUUAUUUCGUUUAUUCUCUUUACCACAAAUAUCUUAUGCAUCAACAACUGCAGUAUUAAGCGAUAAACGUGCAUUCCCAUUAUUUGCAAGAACUGUACCUUCGGAUGUUGUGCAAGCUCAGGCAAUGGCUACAUUAGUCUCGGCUCAUAACUGGACUUAUGUUUCUACAGUACGUAGUGCAGGUGAUUAUGGUGAUUCAGGUAUGGAUGCAUUUUGGAAAGAAGCUGAUAAACUUGGUGUAUGCAUAGCAGCCAGAGAAGUGAUUAGGGGAAAUACAGGUCCUGAAGAUUUAGAUAAUAUAGUUAAUGUGCUUAGCAAAGACUUUGCAAAAGCUAGAGUCGUUGUUUUAUUUACCGGCAUGGAUCACACAAAGUUAUUAUUAGAUGCAGUUAGAAGAGCUGGUUUAGUUAAUCAUUUCGUUUGGAUAGCUAGUGACGGAUGGGGUAGAGAAAAUGUACCUGUAUCAAAUAACUCAAGAGAAGCCAAUGGUGCGUUAACUAUAGAAAUUCAAGCCGAACCGAUUAAGGCAUUCACAGAUUAUUACCUUUCUUUAGGUAGAGAAAAUCAUAGGAAUCCUUGGUUCAGAGAGUAUUGGCAAGAUUUAAUACAAUGCAGAGAAAGUUCAACUAAGAGGCGAGAAAGAAAAUCGACUAAUUCUAAGCGUUAUUUCAUGAGUAAGCUAUCAAAAAAUGAGACAAAUUUAGAAAAUUCUCAUGAAAUAUCAAGUGAAACAUCAUCAUUACCGUCAUCAUGUAGUGACAGUCCAGAUUUAAGACUACGUGACAUUCUUGGACCAGAUUUCAAACAAGAAGCAAAAAUACAAUUUGUCUACGACGCAGUUUAUGCAUUUGCUUCUGGAUUACAUAUACUUCAGAAAAAACUAUGCCCUGGUAAUCCUCUCCAUCCAAAAUGGAAUAAAAGAGAUUGUCUAGAAAAAAUGCUCAGCUAUCCUGGAACUGCUUUCUACCAACUAAUAAUUAAUACAUCAUUUACUGAUAAUUAUGGCAACUAUGUUGCAUUCGAUGAAAACGGUGAUGGCUAUGGACAAUAUUCAAUAUAUAAUUAUGCGCGCGAUCCAUACACUGGUCAGUAUCACUAUCGUUUGGUCGGUGAUUUUCAAGGUGGCAAACUUACAAUGCGUGCACGACCUAUAUGGCCGGGUGGGGAAUCAAAAAAUUUUCCAGUUAGCCAAUGUUCAGAAGAAUGUGGAUUUGGUGAAGUUCGACGUUUAGACAAGAAACAACAAUGCUGUUGGUCAUGCGAAACAUGCGGUGUAGACCAACGUGUAGUUAAUUUAACUCACUGUGAAACUUGUCCUUUUCAACACUGGCCUUCAAAGGAUAAAAGAACAUGCGAACUUUUAGAGUUACACUAUAUUGAUAUUUCGACUUGGUUUGCGAUCGUCCCAAUAACUUUCAGUAGUCUUGGAAUACUAAUCACUGGUGGAGUUAUACUUACAUGGGUUUUCUACUCUGAUACACCCUUGAUUCGCGCUACAGGACGUGAACUGGCUUAUGUACAACUAGCUGGAUGUUUAGUUUGCUAUUCAUGUGCAUUUAUUCUGAUUGCAAGACCGUCAAUUUUCACAUGUUCACUGCAGCGAAUCCUAAUUGGUCUUGGUUUUGCAAUGAUGUAUGCUUCAUUAUUAACAAAAACCAAUCGUAUAGCAAGAAUAUUUGAUGCAGCAAAACGUACUACUAAACGUCCUGUAUAUAUUUCACCAAGAUCACAACUUGCUAUUUCGGGAUCAUUAAUUGCACUACAAUUAUCACUAUCAGCUAUAUGGUUUGGCUUUGAUUCACCCGAUACACGAAUUGAUGAAAUUAGACCUGGUUAUCUUGUUUUACGAUGUGCAAUGAAAGAUAAAAGUUUUUUAAUCUCCCUGGCUUACAAUAUGAUUUUAAUUAUUGUUUGUACAGCAUAUGCUGUAAAAACACGACAGAUUCCAGAAAAUUUUAAUGAAUCAAAAUUUAUUGGUUUCACUAUGUAUACAACAUGUAUUAUAUGGUUGGCAUUUUUACCAAUGUAUUACGCUACAAUUAGCAAUCACCAAAUUCAAAUAGCAACUCUAUGUAUAUCUAUCAAUUUGAGUGCAAGUGUUAUGCUGUGUUGUUUAUUCUUCCCUAAAUUAUAUAUUAUAUACUUACGUCCAGAAAAAAAUGUACGACGUUUAACAAUGAAUAAUAUGACAGCUAAACAAAAAUUUGCUAAUUUAGUCAAAGAAAAAUCAUCAAUAAAUAUGUGUGUAUCAAGUUAUGCAUCAGAUAAUACAAGUUUAACUGUAAGUAGUAGCACAAAAACUGGUCUACAAACAGAUUCAGACAAAGGAAUACUAACUAGUCCAGGUAAUCCAACACAAUCUACGGUGACGAGUUCCAAUUGUUUGAAACUAGAUAACCAAUUUUUCAAUGAACCAUCUCGUAGUAAUUCAUCAAUUACUCAAUCAGUUCAAGUCAUAUGUAAUCCUAUAGUCAGUGAUUACAUUGCCUCAGUGACUACAACAACAACAACACCGUCAAUAAUGAAAACAUCAAUAACAUUAGCGGAUGACAAACAAUCCUCAACUUAUGUUAAUACUUUAUUUAUCAAUUAUCUUAAUCAAAAACAAAAUGAUUAUUUACCUAAUAAAUCUUGUAAUAAUUUCCCUACACCUACACCAUUAUUAUUAGACAAUAUACCAAAUCGUUUAUCACUUAUUAAUUCAGUUUAUUGUGAUGAAGAUAAUGUGACUACUGAAGAUGAAGAUAACUAUACAAUAAGUGCAAAAACAUCAUUUUCUACAAUUAAUUCUAAUAAAAAUAAAAUGUCUACUAUAAAAAUGAAUAAUUUUAUUACUGAUCAUUAUAAUUCUACUACUAUUCAUUCUAAUGCAAUGAAAAUCAAUAAAACGGAACAAUAUUCUCAAGGUCAAAAUUCAGAAUUCAAUGAAUUAUCAAAUGAAUAUAAUCAUAAUCAAUUCAAUAAACUAUCAAUAUUAAAUAAUAAUAAUAUAUCUAAAUAUAUUCCAUCACAAUUUACUAAUCGUAAUCUAACAUCAUUUUCACCAACUAUAUCACUUGGUUCAAUUGAAUCACCUAAUUUAAGUGUACCAAGUUCUGAUUUAUAUAAUCAUAGUUAUUGUGAUGAUACAAUAAUACAAAAUAGUGAAAAUAAUGAUAGUUCACAUCGUGAUAAUGAAUCAUUAUUUGUACGUAUUAAUAAACAAAAGAAAACAAAUUCACGUAAUAUUGAUUAUACAAAACAAACAGUUACUGCAUUAUAA